ACAGCAAAGAUACUAAGGUUUAUCCAAUUCAUCUGUGAUGACAGUAAUGUCAAUAUACCCCAUGUUCCUCCCCCUAUGAGAGAGUAAUCCAACUAACCCUUAAUCCAUGUUAAUCCCAGGCGGCUGUUUGUGAGCCUUCGAUUUCAAAGGUUUGUGGUUCCUGUCAUGCCAGUAGUGAAAGAUAAAUGAUGUCUACCUGGUAUAUGGACGGUGCCGAGGAUAACCGAGGGGUUUAUACAAAACAGGGACCAGAAGGACUGCUACAGAGUGAGCGCAGGAGGAUAAAGCUGCAGAGUGACCUUGUGACCUUACAGAGGGAUCAGCGCCUUAGCCGGGCUGUGCGGCUGCAGAGCCGGUGGCAGGAGCUGAGUGAGAGAGAGCGUCAGGCCCAGCAGCAGAACAGGCAGCUGCUGCAGGAGUUUGACAGAGCCCAGGACACUCUGAGAGACAUGGUCACCCGCAACGCCGCUAUGAAUACCAUAAAAGUGGAGUAUGAAAGGUAUCUGGAGGAGAGCUUCCCUCGCUGGCAGCAGCAGCUCAAACAGAAGACACUAUCUGCCCAACGCAAGCGAUUGGAGCAGCACCUGAAGGAGUGCCUGAGGAGUAUGGAGGAGGACAAUGCUGAAGAGAGGGGCUCCAGACCCCCCAUUGGAGCCCAACCUCCACUUUCUCCAUGUAACACCAACACACCCUUAUACAGUUCACCUUACCUCCCACCAACCUACCUCACUGUCAUUUCUCUUUCUUUAGGUCAUGUCCAACAGCUCCAGAAUGCCGCUGCGCAUCAAGAAUACCACAACCAAAAUGGCCACCAGGACUACAUCCAAAAUGGCCACCAUCAUCCCAGCAUCCCUUCAAUUCAGUCCUCCUGGUUGAUUCAUGCUCGUUCCCAAUGGGUUGAUUCCCAAACCAGAAUGCACUCCAAACUCCAACAAAGAGACAUGACUCACCAACCCGCUCACCCCCUCCACCCCUAUGACCCCCAGUUCCUCUACCCCCUCAGCCUUACCCUGUCCAGCACCCUCAGUCCCUCUACCCCCCUCAGCCUUACCCUAUCCAGCCCCCUCAGUCCUACUCUAACCCCAGUAAACACCACAUUGUGA